AUGAGCACCAUGCGCCUGCUGACACUCGCCCUGCUUUUCUCCUGCUCCUUCGCCCGCGCCGCCUGCGACCCCAAGAUCGUCAACAUCGGCGCGGUGCUGAGCACGCGGAAGCACGAGCAGAUGUUCCGCGAGGCUGUGAACCAGGCCAACAAGCGGCACGGCUCCUGGAAGAUCCAGCUCAACGCUACCUCCGUCACCCACAAGCCCAACGCCAUCCAGAUGGCCUUGUCGGUGUGCGAAGACCUCAUCUCCAGCCAGGUCUACGCCAUCCUAGUUAGCCACCCACCUACCCCCAACGACCACUUCACUCCCACCCCCGUCUCCUACACAGCUGGCUUCUACCGCAUCCCCGUCCUGGGGCUGACCACCCGCAUGUCCAUCUACUCAGACAAGAGCAUCCACCUGAGCUUCCUGCGCACCGUGCCGCCCUACUCCCACCAGUCGAGCGUCUGGUUCGAGAUGAUGCGCGUCUACGGCUGGAACCACAUCAUUCUCCUGGUCAGCGACGACCACGAGGGCCGCGCGGCGCAGAAGCGCCUGGAGACGCUGCUGGAGGAGCGCGAGUCCAAGAGUAAAAAAAGGAACUAUGAAAACCUCGACCAACUGUCCUAUGACAACAAGCGCGGACCCAAGGCUGAGAAGGUGCUGCAGUUCGACCCGGGGACCAAGAACGUGACGGCCCUGCUGAUGGAGGCGCGGGAGCUGGAGGCUCGGGUCAUCGUCCUCUCUGCCAGCGAGGACGACGCUGCCACCGUGUACCGCGCAGCCGCGAUGCUGAACAUGACCGGCUCGGGGUACGUGUGGCUGGUGGGGGAGCGCGAGAUCUCGGGGAACGCCCUGCGCUACGCCCCGGAUGGCAUCAUCGGGCUGCAGCUCAUCAACGGCAAGAACGAGUCGGCCCACAUCAGCGAUGCCGUGGGGGUGGUGGCCCAGGCCGUGCACGAGCUUCUCGAGAAGGAGAACAUCACCGAUCCGCCGCGGGGCUGCGUGGGCAACACCAACAUCUGGAAGACCGGGCCGCUCUUCAAGAGAGUGCUCAUGUCUUCCAAGUACGCAGACGGCGUGACCGGCCGCGUGGAAUUCAACGAGGAUGGGGACCGGAAGUUUGCCAACUACAGCAUCAUGAACCUGCAGAACCGCAAGCUGGUACAAGUGGGCAUCUACAACGGCACCCAUGUUAUUCCCAACGACAGGAAAAUCAUCUGGCCAGGCGGAGAGACAGAGAAGCCCCGAGGUUACCAGAUGUCCACCAGGCUGAAGAUCGUGACGAUCCACCAGGAGCCCUUCGUGUAUGUCAAGCCCACGCUGAGCGACGGCACGUGCAAGGAGCAGUUCACCGUGAACGGGGAUCCGGUGAAGAAGGUGAUCUGCACCGGGCCCAACGACACGUCGCCGGGCAGCCCACGCCACACCGUGCCUCAGUGCUGCUACGGCUUCUGCAUCGACUUACUCAUCAAACUGGCGCGGACCAUGAACUUCACGUAUGAGGUGCACCUAGUGGCGGACGGCAAGUUCGGCACGCAGGAGCGGGUGAACAACAGCAACAAGAAGGAGUGGAACGGGAUGAUGGGCGAGCUGCUCAGCGGGCUGGCAGACAUGAUCGUGGCGCCGCUGACCAUCAACAACGAGCGCGCACAGUACAUCGAGUUCUCCAAGCCCUUCAAGUACCAGGGCCUGACCAUUCUGGUCAAGAAGGAGAUCCCCCGGAGCACGCUGGACUCGUUCAUGCAGCCCUUCCAGAGCACGCUCUGGCUGCUGGUGGGGCUGUCGGUGCACGUGGUGGCCGUGAUGCUGUACCUGCUGGACCGCUUCAGCCCCUUUGGCCGGUUCAAAGUGAACAGCGAGGACGAGGAGGAGGACGCGCUGACCCUGUCCUCGGCCAUGUGGUUCUCCUGGGGCGUCCUGCUCAACUCGGGCAUCGGGGAAGGCGCCCCCAGAAGCUUCUCGGCGCGCAUCCUGGGCAUGGUGUGGGCCGGCUUCGCCAUGAUCAUCGUGGCCUCCUACACCGCCAACCUGGCGGCCUUCCUGGUGCUGGACCGGCCCGAGGAGCGCAUCACCGGCAUCAACGACCCACGACUGAGGAAUCCUUCGGACAAGUUCAUCUACGCGACGGUGAAGCAGAGCUCCGUGGACAUCUACUUCAGGCGACAGGUGGAGCUGAGCACCAUGUACCGGCACAUGGAGAAGCACAACUACGAGAGCGCGGCCGAGGCCAUCCAGGCCGUGCGGGACAACAAGCUGCACGCCUUCAUCUGGGACUCGGCGGUGCUGGAGUUCGAGGCCUCGCAGAAGUGCGACCUGGUGACCACCGGCGAGCUGUUCUUCCGCUCAGGCUUUGGCAUCGGCAUGCGCAAGGAUAGUCCUUGGAAGCAGAACGUCUCCCUGUCCAUCCUCAAGUCCCACGAGAACGGCUUCAUGGAAGACCUGGACAAGACGUGGGUGCGGUACCAGGAGUGUGAUUCGCGCAGCAACGCCCCCGCUACCCUCACCUUCGAGAACAUGGCAGGGGUCUUCAUGCUGGUGGCCGGGGGCAUCGUCGCCGGAAUCUUCCUGAUCUUCAUCGAGAUCGCCUACAAGCGGCACAAAGACGCGCGCCGGAAGCAGAUGCAGCUGGCCUUUGCGGCGGUGAAUGUGUGGAGAAAGAACCUGCAGGAUAGAAAGAGUGGUAGAGCAGAGCCUGACCCUAAAAAGAAAGCCACAUUUAGGGCUAUCACCUCCACCCUGGCUUCCAGCUUCAAGAGACGUAGGUCCUCCAAAGACACGCAGUACCAUCCCACUGAUAUCACGGGCCCGCUCAACCUCUCAGAUCCCUCGGUCAGCACCGUGGUGUGA